GGUCAUUUGAUGAAGUAGUUACAUAUGUACAAGAAAAAUGUUUAUCAAUUAUUGAACAUUCACAUUAUCCACUUCAACAUAUUCUUAGUGAUUUACAUCUCACUCAGUCGAAAGUAUCAUUUCUUGAAACAAUGUUUGAUUUUGUUAUUGUAUCAGAUGAAGGUAAAGAUUUAUGUUUAAAUGGUGUCAAUUUAGAACAAGUAUCGUUAAAUGAAUCAUAUGAAAUGUCUAAAUUUGACUUCUCAUUGAACUUUAUAUACAAUUCAUCAUCAGAUGAUAAUCAGCUAUCGUGUUCUUUUAUUUGUUCACGUGAUAUAUUUGAUGGAACAACAGUUACCAAUAUUGGUCGAAGAUUCCAACAUGUUUUAGAACAACUCUUUUCAUCGAACUCAAUCUCGAAUUGUAUCGAUUUAUAUUGCACAUCUAUAUUAAAAGUUAACCUUAUUCUACCAGAAGAAGCUGAAGAAAGACAAGCAAUAAUGUUUCAGCGAUUGGAAAAUAUUAUUAAUGAAGGUAUGCUUAGUUUUUAA